AUGGAUGAUGGAGGAGGUGAACCCGAGGCAUUGAGUGAUGAUGAUAAGUCAAAGAAAUUAGGGGAGGAAUGCUCGGGUAUAGUAGUGUUUGAAGGUGUGGAAGGCACAACAAUUGUAUCAUCAGAGAUGGAUUCUUGGGCUUGGGGGAGCGAGAAGAGUUUGCAACCAAGAAGGAAAAGGAAAAAUGGUUUCCUGAAAUGA